UCCACCACUGAGACUCAGACUCUGCUCCAGCCAUCCAGAAGCUACAGGUGCUUCCUCCUAGAAUCCCCAAUGGAAUUCAGUCGCAGAAACUUCCACAGAGGCUUGAGUUCCUCCCCACAGACCUCUGCACUCAGCAUGAGUGGCUCCAUGUAUAGGAAGGAGGACAUGCAGUACUUUGGGGCUGCACCCAGCGUCUAUGGGGGAGCUGGAGGUCAGGGCAUCCGCAUCUCAACCUCCAGGCAUAUGAGGGGCUAUGGGGGUGAUCACACCAAAGGAAACCUGUUUGUUGGUAAUGAGAAGACAACCAUGCAGAACCUAAAUGACCGCCUAGCAAGCUACCUAGCAAAAGUGCAGUCCCUGGAAAAGUCCAACUCCAAGCUUGAAUCGCUGAUCAAGGAGUGGUAUAAAACAAACACGCCCAGCGCCAAGGACUACAGUGCAUAUUACAAACAAAUGGAAGAGCUGCAAAAGCAGAUUAAAAAGGCACAACUGGAAAAUGCUCGUUGUGUCCUGCAGAUUGAUAAUGCCAAACUGGCUGCUGAGGACUUCAGGCUGAGGUAUGAGACUGAAAGGGGGAUCCGCCUAACAGUGGAGAGUGAUCUCCAAGGCCUGAAUAAGGUCUUGGAUGAUCUAGCCCUAACUAGAAAAGACUUGGAGAUUCAAGUUAAAGAACUGAGUAAAGACCUGGAUAUCCUCAAAAAAGAACAUCAAGAGGAAGUGGACAGCCUACACAGACACCUGGGCAAUACUGUCAGUGUAGAAUUGGAUGCUGCUCCAGCCCUGAACCUUGGUACCACCAUGAAUGAAAUGAGGCAGAAGUAUGAAGUAAUUGCCCAAGAGAACCUUCAGAAGGCCAAAGAACAGUUUGAGAAACAGACUGAAUCUCUGCAGCAACAAGUCAUAGGGAGCAAUGAAGAGUUAAAAGAAGCUGAGUUUCAAGUAAAGGAGCUGAGACGCACCUACCAGAACCUGGAGAUAGAACUGCAGUCCCUCCUCAGUCUGAAAGAAACCUUGGAGCAUACACUAGACAACACCAAAGAUUGUUACAGUCACAAACUGGCCACCAUCCAGACAGUACUGGACAACCUAGAAGUCCAACUGACGCAGAUACGGGCCGAGACAGAAUACCAGAGCAACGAAUACAAUAUUCUCUUUGACAUAAAGACCCGACUUGAGCAGGAAAUUGCUACUUACCGCCGCCUUCUGGAAGGGGAAGAUGACGGCAGAUGCAAAAUCACAAUUCCAGAUGAUCAGAUACACAUUGAAGAGGAGAAAGAUAUAAAGAGAACAAGGAAGAUUAAGACAGUCGUGGAAGAAGUGGUGAAUGGCAUGGUUGUGUCAAGUGAAACCAGAGAGGUGGAAGAAAAUAUGUAAACUGCUACCUGGAGAUGCUGCUGAGAGUUUGAAAGAAAUGUAGUUAUAGUUUUUGCUCCCUGUAAGAAAGCGGCCAUCAGAAGACACCAUUAGUGCUUUGUGGUAAUCCGAGGGGGACAAAAGCCCAUUUAUCAGUCUCCAUAAUUGAAUAUAAGUUGUUUUACUCAGAGGAGCUGCAAAUCACCUACAAAAAUGAAAUCCAUUGGGCACUAGGAUAUUUAAAAACAUCACUACCACCAUCUUUACUAUGAAACACAUUAAUUAUAAGCUAGAGACCACCUACUAUCAAUUCGUUAAUGUUCCUGAAAAAUUAUAGCACAUUUGAAUUACUCUAAACCUUAUAGAGCAGACGAGUACCUGAAAAUCACAAAUGAACUGCUCUAACUUUUCCUGUUUCUAAAUUGCAAAAUCUCCUUUCAGGGGCCUUUAGAUUCUUAAAUGAGCCUAUUUCUUGGUUGAUUUCAUUAGAUUUGUAAUAUUGGUACCAUCCUACUAGCUUGGAGUUACACUUGCAUUUUUUUCAUGGUCUCCACUGCCUUUUAAAAACUCAACUCAGGGGAUGCCUGGGUGGGUCAGUGGUUGAGCAUCUGCCUUUGGCUCCGGUCAUGAUCCUGGCUCCAGGAUUGAGUCCCGCAUCAGGCUCCCUGCAGGGAUCCUGCUUCUCCCUCUGCCUAUGUCUCUGCCUCUCUCUGUGUGUCUCUCAUGAAUAAAUAAAUAAAUCUUAAAAAAAUAAAUAAAAUAAAAUUCAACUCAGUUCUUCAAGUAAUUUGAGUCAGACUCUAAUCACAAAUGCUGAGCAGAAUUUGAAUGAAGCACAUUAUGCUUGUAAUGGGAGUAGAUUAAACACAAAAUUAGUGAAACUCUUCUUAAGGCAGAAUGCUUCUCCUUAAGAUAAUAAACUGCAUAAAGCAUCAGGUGUUCUCUCUCUUUAUGGGGUGAACGUGUGUUAUGAAAUGUUUCUCACUGUUUUUUUAAAAACAGCUUUAAUGAAAUAUAAUUCACACACCAUAAAAUCCAUCCUUGUAAAGUACACAAUUCAGUGGUCUUCAAUAUGUUCACAGGAUUGUGCAACUAUUGCCACUGUCCAGUUUUAGGACAUUUCACCACUGAGAAAAGAAACCCCAAUAGGAGUCACCCCCCCCAACCCACCUUCCCCCCCAGCCCUGGCAACCACUAAUUGACUUCCUCUCUAUGAAUUUGCCUACUCCAGACAUUUCCUACAAAUGGAAUCAUACAGUGUUUUCUUUUGUACAAAAAUGUUCAUAGCAGCAUUAUUCAUAAUAGACCCAAAGUGGAAACAACUCAAAUGUCCAUUAAUUGAUCAAAGGAUAAAGUGGAGUAUGUCCUUACAAAAAAAUAUUAUCUAGCAAGAGAAAUAACAAAAUACUGAUACAUAAUGCAACAGGGAUGAACCUUGAAAACGCUAUGCUUACUGAAGGAAGUCAGACACAAAAAAGACUAUUCUCUCCCAUUUUGCAUUUCUGUGAGCAGUAACUGCCUUGCAAAUAUUUACAGGAAAAAUCAUUUUGCCCUCUCUCCUUGUAUUCUAGUAAAUUAAUAGCUUGGAUUUAAAUUUUGAUAUAUAAGUUUAUAAGUCAAUGGAUUUUGAGUGUGAUUAUAUUGAAAAUAAUAAUGUGAUUCACUUAAGGAUAAUAAUAUCUACCAUUUAUUGAGCACUUUGAACUAAACAGUAUGCUAGGCAUUUUAUAGGCACUUCUCAUUUAAUUUUCACAAUAAUCCCAUGAAAUAGAAGCUAUUACGUUGAAUCGUAGGAAUUUGUCAAUAUGUAAAAAUAAAAUAAAAAAUAAAUUUAAAAAAA